UCGACCUUCUAGCUGUGAGGCAACAGUGCUAACCACUGAGCCACCGUGCCACCAUACAGCUCAACAUGACUUUAUUAUUGAAUGGGUUUGUUAGGUGACAGCAGUUAGCGCUCAACAACCUCCUCCUGCUGUUGUUCUGUCUCAAACUGUGCUUCCUUUGUUAAAACCAGCUUCCUCUCAACCUUUUUUUCCCCUGCCAAGCUUAUAAGUGGUAUUUAAGCUAACGUUUUCAUUUACAAGCUCAAACUCAGAAAAGGAACGACUGUAGUAAUGGCACGAGAGCUUAAAAGCUGGUCGUUCUGGCGGGCCGUGCUGGCCGAGUUUGUUGGCAUGACCAUAUUUGUUUUCAUUGGCAUCGCCUCGGCUAUUGGAAAUAAGCAUAACAGAUAUCCCGACCAAGAGGUGAAGGUGGCUUUAGCUUUCGGUCUGGCCAUCGCCACGUUGGCGCAGAGUUUAGGGCACAUCAGCGGAGCCCACCUGAACCCGGCCAUCACUUUAGGACUCUUGGUUAGCUGUCAGAUCAGUUUCUUCAGGGCCUUCAUGUAUAUCAUUGCACAGAUGUUGGGAGCUGUGCUGGCGAGCGGCAUUAUGUUCAAAGUUAGUCCCGACCCCGAUACAACUCUCGGACUCAAUAUGCUGGGUAACGGUGUGAAAGUUGGUCAGGGAUUUGCCAUUGAGCUUUUUGCCACCUUUCAGCUGGUUCUGUGCGUUUUGGCCACGACGGAUAAAAACCGAACUGAUGUUUCCGGCUCCGCACCCCUCGCCAUCGGGCUUUCUGUUGGUUUGGGGCACCUGGUAGCAAUCAGCUACACUGGAUGUGGCAUCAACCCCGCUCGAUCUUUCGGACCAGCCGUUGUCCUCGAGUCUUUUAAAAAUCACUGGAUUUACUGGAUUGCCCCCAUGUGUGGUGGAGUGGCUGCUGCGCUCAUUUACGACUUCUUGCUCUUCCCCAAAAGAGAAGCACUUCGCAAGCGUAUGAAUGUCCUGAAAGGCACCGCUGACCCAGACCCGUCCGCCACAGAAGCACUAAUCGAACCCCGAAGCGCCAGAUCCGGUUCUGGUCAGUGGCCCCGGCCCUGAAAUGCCUCUUGAGUUGCUGGAGCUGAGUGAACAUGGAUUACACCUGGGAUUACUCCACUUCGGCUUAUUCCCUGCUUUUAUCAGGGGUUGAAAGGAAGCUCAGUUUUAUUUUUUUGAAGAAAUAUGUCUGCAGAUUGAUACAAUAAUGUACUUUUAAGUAAUACUGUAAUAGUCAUAUUUUAAAAUGAGAGGUUUGAAACUGUAUUACUGUAAGCCCUGUUGUCAUGAAAGAAAGAAAGAAAGAAAGAAAGAAAGAAAGAAAGAAAGAAAGAAAGAAAGAAAGAAAGAAAGAAAGAAAGAAAGAAAGAAAGAAAGAAAGAAAAGUCUUUUAUCAGAUUUGAUUUGUAUCCUAAUUCGACCCUUGAAUUGAGAAGUGAUAUUAAAAUGCUUAAAAUAUCUAUUUUUUUAUCCUUAAUUUAGUAUUCAACUUUGUGCCUUAAUUUUUGUAUUCACUUUUCAAAAAACAUCUUGAGUAAAAUUUACA